AUGAUUUACCUUGUCUGGUCUGUGGUGAUUCUCACAGCCUUAGCGCUGUACUUUCGUCAGUUGUACUCCAAGUUCUCCAAGUUUGGGGUGAAACACUUCCAGCCUGUCCCAUUCCUGGGCAACAUGGGCAGUACUAUAUUGAGGCUCGAUCACUUUUCAAAUUUUAUCAAAAGGAACUAUGACAACUUUAAAGAUGAGAGAUUUGUGGGAAUCUACGAGUUCCUGAAACCGAAAAUAAUAGUGAGGGACAUUGAACUGAUAAAGAAAAUAACUAUCAAGGAUUUCGAAUAUUUUAUAGAUCACCAAAAGUUCGUGGAUGAAACCGUGGACCCAUUAAUGGGAAGACACUUAAUAGCACUCAAAGGCCAAGAAUGGAAGGACAUGCGAUCAACUUUGAGUCCAGCGUUCACCAGCUCCAAGAUACGGUUGAUGGUGCCAUUUAUGGUAGAAGUUGGUAAUCAGAUGAUAGAAGCUCUUAAGAUGAAGAUUAAGGAUUCAGGACUUGGUCAUGUCGACGUCGAGGCUAAAGAUUUGACGACCCGAUAUGCCAAUGACGUCAUCGCUUCAUGUGCUUUCGGACUUAAAGUGGACUCGCACAUGGAGGAAAAGAAUGAUUUCUAUAAGAACGGAAAAGAAGCGGCUAAUGUUGAUUUUUUAAAAAUAAUGAAGCUAUUCUUCUUCACUUCCUUUCCAAAGCUUGUUUCGGCACUAAGAAUAAAACAUUUCAGUGAUAAUACUACAACUUUCUUCAAGAAUUUGAUACUUACUACUAUGAGAACUCGUGAGAAGCAGAAUAUAGUUAGACCGGACAUGAUUCAUCUACUUAUGGAAGCCAAGAAAGGUAAUUACAUACAUAGACAAUUAAAUUAUGACAAUAAAACUGCCAAAGAUGCUGAUGCUGGAUUCGCUACAGUGGAAGAGUCAUUUGUUGGACGUAAUGACGUAAACAAAACAGUUUGGUCAGACAAUGACUUAAUAGCCCAAGCUAUUCUCUUCUUCAUCGCCGGCUUCGAGACUGUAUCCUCAGCGACGUCGUUUGCUCUUCAUGAAUUGGCUGUAAACGCUGAUGUACAAGAGAAAUUGGCACACGAGAUAAAAGAGAAUGAAAUAAAGAACAAUGGCAAAUUUGAUUACAACUCAAUACAGGAGAUGACGUACAUGGAUAUGGUAGUUUCAGAGGUUCUCCGAUUGUGGCCUCCAGCUUAUUUUCUUGAUAGAAUUUGCGUCAAAGACUAUAGCUUAGGAAAGCCAAACUGUAAAGCAACAAAAGAAUAUACUAUACGUAAAGGCGAAAAUAUCGCAAUACCGGUAUUUGCAAUCCACCGUGACCCCGAACACUUCGCAGACCCCUUGAAAUUUGAUCCAGAACGCUUCUCCGAGGAAAACAAACAUAAGAUCCAGCCUUUCGCCUACAUGCCUUUUGGAAUUGGGCCCAGAAAUUGUAUUGGUUCAAGGUUCGCUCUAUGCGAAAUGAAAGUGAUGCUGUACCAACUACUGCAACAUAUGGAGCUGACACCGUGUGAGAGGACAUGUAUACCGACCAAGCUCACCAAUCACGCGCUAAGCCUACAAAUCCAAGGUGGACACUGGAUACGUUUGAAGAUCAGAUCAUAUAUUUUUUUGUUUUAGAUGUUGUUGUACCUCGUAUGGUUUGUGGUGGUUGUAGCAGCCUUGGCGCUAUAUUAUAGACAAGUGUACUCCAGGUUCUCCAAGUAUGGGGUGAAGCACUUCAGCCCAUUCCCGGUUGUGGGUAAUAUGGCUAGAGUAAUACUGCGCAGUCAACACUUUGCUGAUGACAUGCAAAAAAGCUACAACCAUUUUUCAGAAGAAAGGUUUGUUGGAAGAUACGAGUUUGUGAAGCCUGUAUUAAUAGUGAAGGAUCUUGAAUUGGUGAAGAAGAUAGCUAUUAAGGACUUCGAAUAUUUUCUGGAUCACAGAACAUUCGUGGAUGAAAGUGUGGAUCCAAUAUUUGGAAGAAGCUUGCUUUCAUUGCAAGGUCAAGAAUGGAAGGAUAUGCGGGCAACGUUGAGUCCAGCAUUCACCAGUUCGAAGAUACGACUGAUGUUGCCAUUUAUGGUCGAAGUUGGACAUCAAAUGACUCAAGCUCUUAAAACUAAAAUCACUGAUUCGGGAGUAAACUACGUUGACAUUGAGGCUAAAGAUUUGACGACCCGAUAUGCCAAUGACGUCAUCGCCUCUUGUGCCUUCGGACUCAAAGUAGACUCGCACAUGGACGAACAAAACGAAUUCUAUCAGAAGGGGAAGACAGCUUCUGCAUUCCGUUUUAUUGAAGUUCUUAAGUUCUUCUUUUUUAUUUCUUUUCCGAAGUUAAUGGCGAAACUAAAUAUAACGGUGUUCAGCAAAGAUACGACAAACUUCUUUAAAAAUCUGGUGCUCGGUACAAUGAGCAAUUGAGAGGAGAAUAACAUCAUCAGACCUGAUAUGAUACAUCUACUAAUGGAAGCACAGAAAGGAAAAUUAACAUAUGAUGAUAAGACGAUAAAAGAUACUAAUGCUGGCUAUGCUACCGUAGAAGAGUCUUCUAUUGGAAGAGAAGUUAUAAAUAGAGUAUGGUCAAACACCGAUUUAGUUGCUCAAGCUGUUCUGUUCUUCAUUGCCGGAUUUGAGACUGUAUCUGCAGCGAUGUCGUUCGCUUUACACGAGCUGGCUCUUCAUCCUGAAGUACAAGAGAAACUAGCACAAGAGAUAAAAGAGAAUGAUAUCAAAAACGGUGGAAAAUUCGACUACAAAUCAAUUCAGGAUAUGACGUACAUGGAUAUGGUGGUUUCAGAGGUGCUGAGAUUAUGGCCACCUGCAAUUGGUCUUGACAGGAUAUGCACCAAAGAUUACAAUUUAGGCAAACCCAAUAGUAAAGCCACCGAAGACUAUAUUAUACGUAAAGGCGAAGGUAUGUUGAUUCCAGCGUUUUCCUUCCACCGAGAUCCCGAAUUAUUCCCUGAUCCCUUGAAGUUUGAUCCAGAAAGAUUCUCCGAGGAAAACAAGCACAAAAUUCAACCACUGUCAUAUAUGCCAUUUGGAUUGGGUCCUAGAAAUUGUAUUGGUUCAAGAUUCGCUCUGUGCGAGGUGAAAGUGAUGCUGUACCAGUUGCUGCAACACAUGGAGAUAUCGCCGUGUGAGAAGACAUGUCUAUCGUCCGAGCUCGCCACAGAUACAUUCAACUUGCGAAUCAAAGGCGGACACUGGAUGCGAUUGAAAAUCAGAUCUUAGAAAUAAGCACGGUACUGUAUUAUAAUGACAUUCAUUUAUAUUUUAAGAACUACGCUCUUGUCGAGAAAGCUCUAGCUACUUUCCACAAUCUUCCAUUAUAUUCUUUAAAUGUUGAUACGAUACGACUCCAAUUUUGACUUUAUUUAGCUUAAUAUAGCUGUGCCUUGGUCUUCGCCUAAA